CAGAUAUAAUGUCAGUGUGAUGGAGAGGGAGAGAGGGAGGAGAGACACAGACAUGGACGCUGGCCAAUGAUCUGCGAGCAGAAUAACUAAAGUAGAGACACGGAGCAGAUUUCAUAGAGCCAGUUAUUCUCUCACAGGCCGAAAAAAUGCGAGCGAGCAGGAGGUGAUGAGGAGCAGCAGCAGCAGCCAGGUGGUUUAGUCCGUUUAUUCAUCAGUCCUUCCAUAGAUGCGCUGGCGGGUGGUGCAGGCCGGCGGCGGGGGUUCAGAUCCGAGCCUGGAAACACGCUCCGUCCUCAGCAUGAAAUCUAAGAUCCGACAAUAGCGGAGGCUGAGGAGGAGAAGCCGGAUUGACGGGACGCAUGAAUUAAAUAAUCAUCCGCACCUCACGUUUCCCUCCCUUAAUGUUCUCAACCGGAGGUGUGCGGAGGAGAGAGCGAUUCGCCCGGAGAGCCCAGCGGCCGGAGAGCAGCUGGCAGCUGUGGACGCCUGGAAGGUGGUACCCAAGUGUCGCUGUUUAUUAUCUGGGAUCUGACUCCGGAGGCGCGUCGCUGAGGUUAUGGGCUGCGCUCCCAGUAUCCACGUCUCUCAGAGCGGCGUGAUCUACUGCCGAGACUCAGACGAAUCCAACUCGCCCCACCAGACCACCACCAUCUCUCAGGGCACCGCGGCCACGCUGCACGGGCUUUUCAUCAAGACCGAUGCGGCCGAGACCAUCCCCUCCGUCAUCACCUACCAGAGCCGCCACUCGCGCAACAACUCGUACCGGGAUCGCAAGGAGAACAGCGGGGGACACAUCCGCAUCGAGGCCGAGACGCAGACCAGCCACACCAGCGUCAAGGUUUCAGCAACAGAAGAAUGUGUUGGACCAAUGAGACUGACCCAAGAGCCAAUUCAG